AUGCCUUUGAUUGAUAUGGCAGAAGCUGUAAGCCGUGGAGACAUUAUUGUCGACGAAGUAGAUGCCUUGAAUGCUGUAAAUUCUGGGAAAUUGAGUGAAAUUGAAACUGCUCGGUUUAGUCCAUUGGUUAUUGAGCAUUCACGACGACGAAGUAGCGGAAAUGGCUCUACAAUUAAUCAUGCAGAUCCAUUACCAUAUUUAGAUGGUACUGAGCCAGGAGAUACAAAUGGGGCUGCAGGAAGUGAUGAUGAACAUACAUGGAACAAUGUAUUGGUGGAUGAAGUUGAUUUCGUUCAUGCUGUUGAACGGGGUCGUAUUAAUGGGAAUGAUUUACAUAUUAUGGGCUGCCGAAGCAGUGAUGAUACAUGGAUCCCUCAGCGUGUGGUAGAUGAUGUGGAAGAAUUUGGUGAUAUUUCACAUGAUGAAAAUGGUUGGAAUAGAGUUUUGGUUGAUGAAGUUGACAUUCUUCAUGCUGUCGAACAAGGAUCCAGGAUUGUUAACCGUAGUGAAUGUCGUCUCAGUUAUAUACAUCAGGAAAAUGGAACUGAGAGAUCUGAAAGGAACAGUAAUAUAAUUCAAAGAGAGGAAUCAACAACAGUGAAUGGGGAAUCAUCAUUUGAAAUUGAUAGGACGAUUGGUAUUGGCCGUCCAGAUAGAGGCAAACAGUAA